AAAAUUAUUGUGAUGAAAAACGCCGAAAUCAUCAAUUAAAAGGAAUUUUAAGGGAAAUUUGAACGUUUCUAGUGUGAAAAGAGUCUUUUCGAAGCUCGUGUGUUACGAAGCACAGAACCAAAAAAAAAACAAAGUGAUGUAUCAUUACGGCGAUCCAAGAAGUGCUUACGGGCAUUUGGGAGGAAAUCUUGCUCCGCCAACGACAACAACAGCUGCCAACACGAAGCCACUGAAUGCGGGAUUGAUUGCUCGCAGCAUCUCGUACCAUGGAUUGCCGCUGCAGAAGAUGUGGGAAGGCGAACGCGGCGAAACAGAUCUGCAAAAACAGGGAAUUUUGCAUCCGGAUUACUCGAUGUACCAACAGCGACAGAAAUAUUUGACGUUCCAGGACAGGGCGAAGCGUUUGCGAUUGCAUCAAUUUAUCUCGAAGAAGGCCGAUGAGAUUUUCGAUCAGAAUUUGAUGGUUGGAGGACAUAAUUCGGAAGCGGGAUUUACAGAUAAUAAUGAUUCGAUUGUCCAAAUUCCUCCCUAUGAGAUUUUUUUGAAUGUGGAUCCGUAUGAGAGGACGAGGCAUUUUUUUCAGACCAUCCAAGUAGGAGACAUUGUCUACGGAAGUGUAGCAACUGUGACAAAAGUGCAUCUGCUCAUUAAAAUAAUCUGUGCCACGGGAUCCAUUCAACGCUUUGUCGGCGAACUCGGAAUAAAAGCGAUGUUACCUAUGGCGAAUACCGUGCCAGUGUUUAAUAAAAUGCACGAUCGCUACGAUGUGCAUGAUUAUGUGUGUUGCGAGGUGUUAGAUUUGAGUCCGGAAUCGCAGAAAAUAGUGUUGACCAUGAAGAGUGCAUUUCCGCCGCGUAAGGAUACGCCGCCACUUGGUCUGAUAACGACAGACGAUUUUCCUGAUGUUUACAAAACCGCAUCGGAGAAGAAGAAUUUCACGUACAACGAGGUUUUGGAGAACGACACCACCUUCAAGAACCCCAAUUCGGAGGAUGUUUUGUUCGAAGCCCUUGGAUUGAACCCGAAAGAGUAUUACACCAACAUGACCAGUUUGAAGGGGAAAUUUCCCGCGAACGAAUAUGCAUCACAAAUACGUCAGGAACAAGCCAGCAAGUGGGCUUUUCGUUCUGUCGCCGAGGGCAUUGAACAUUUCAAGGAGGGACGUCACAGCGAAGCUUUUAGUUGCUUGAACAAGGCACUCAGCAUCGAUCCGCGGAAUGUCGAGGGACUUGUAGCGAGAGGAGCUCUUUACGCCAAUAGCGGGUCCUUCAAAAAAGCCGUCGAAGAUUUCGAAGCCGCCUUGCAAAUCAACAAUACUCACGCCAAUGCUCGAAAAUACCUUGGGGAGACGCUUGUGGCUCUGGGACGCAGUUACGAAGACGAAAAUGAAUACGACGAGGCAUGCAAAGCGUAUCAGGAUUGCUUGAAAGUCAUUCCGAUGCACGAAGAAGCCCUCAAUUCGUUGGAAUAUUUGAGGAAUAAGCAGCAACCGAAGAUGAUUGUGCCGCCAACGGAGCUUGUCUUGCCACCUUUGAACCUCAACAAGGGAAAAUCAGAAACUUCUAAGAGUCGUGACCGACAUUCGAAUGACAAAAAACGCAAAGAAAAGUCAAAGAAGAAGCGAAAAAGACGCGAUUCCUCGUCGAGUGACGGUUCAUCGUCGAGCGGAUCGAGUUCGAGUAGUUCGCGUUCCUCUUCUAGCUCAUCCAGUUCCGAUCGAUCGUCGAAAAAUACGAAGGGAAAGAAAGGAAGAGAUAAUCCAUCGCCGUUCUCGCAACAAAUGAUGAAGGCAGGAAGUCAGUUUAAUCAGUCGUUUGGGAAUUUGGGUGCGGAUACGGAUGAUUACGAGUCAAAGGUGCGUCAAUUUUUGGACAUGGCUCGCGCUGACGAUGAUCACGAAGACAAAGUACGCAAAUUGAUCGAAGACGCUGCUCGCUACCAAGAAGAACGAAAGAAUUCGGACUCAAAAUCCAAGAAGAAAAAACGCAAAGAGGAGAAAAAAGCGAAGAAAGAAGCCAAAAAGAAGAAGAAAAAGGAAAAGAAAAGCAAAAAAUCCAAACUCGACUUGAAUGAACUCGAAAAUGCGAAAUUACGCGAGGCUCUGAAGAUUUUCGAAAACUUACCCGUUCUCGACGAUCUCGGCGCAAAAUUAUCCGAAAUUUACGGCAACAAAAGUGACGCACUUACUGAAGCUGGCAAAUCGGAAACAGACGAUACGAAGCAAAACAAAUGGAAAAUGUCAUUUUCGAACAAAGAUGAUCCCCGAGGAGCUUCCGUUGCAGGUCCCAGUAAAAUUCAGUCUCGCACAACGCGUCUUGGCAAAGGAAUGACGCCACCUGACUCGGAUAACGAUGAUGAUGGGCGUUCAAAUGCCAAGGAACAGCCAAAAUCGAAGUUUGUGACGCAACAACCGACGAUGCCGAGAAUUCCCUCGCCUCUCAAACAGUAUGGACGAACUGUUAUGACGUCAUCGCAGAAUAUUGCAGCGAUUCCUCCGGCUCCAGUGAAGUCAGGCCCGGUUGUUUUGGAUAAAUUCGGGAAUUUCCGAUUGGCAAAUGUCGAAGCAGCUCAGCCCGUGACGAUGCCAGAAUCGAAUGAUCGAAGAUCAAGAAGUCGUUCUCGUAGCAGAAGUCGCAGCAGGAGUCGAAGUUACAACUACAACAAUCGUCGACGACGUUCUCGGAGCAAUUCAUCCGACUACCGACGACGACAGAAGAACAGAAGAUCCACUUCGCGUGACUUUUAUCGACGUCUCGCCAUCAGUCGCAGUCGUUCCCGCUCCCCAGUUCGUUUCAACCGCGAUCGUCGUCCUCCCAACAAACCUCCAUACAAUUCCUACCAAGACCGAAAACGUUCCCGUAGUCGUGGUUCCCGUUCCCCCUUGAGCCCAAUUCGGGCGACAAAUCCCCUCGGAAGACCCUUUGGAGGCGGCAGGGGACGCGGAACGGGCAAUCCUGGCAGAUGGAUGCGCGGUGGCGGCUCCAAUCGUCGUUUCAAUAAUCGCGAUCGAAGUAUGUCACGUAGCCCAGUGCGUUACAACUCGAAUCGUCGACGCGAUUAUCACGACGAUCGCACACGAAGACGUACGCGCAGCAGAGAUCGCGACAGAAACGACAAACCAAAGUCCAGCAGAUCGUCGGAAGCGAAAACGAAUGACGCUGCUCCAGCAUUGGCGAUGCCUCGAAGCGACAAUAGCGAUCCGCCGCCACCUGGAACGGAAGACGAUGUCGCCAAUAUGCUCAAAAAUCCGUAAAAAGGGCUCUAAAAUAUUUAAAAAAUAAUAAAAAAUUUCUUUCGUUUCAAUGAAACAUAAUUAACUUUAAUUAUUUUUGAAAUUUUUUUCGUCCUUUGCUUUUGCGCGAAAUUAUU